AUGGACAGCCGAGCUUAUGUCUCUCAGUUUUCAACUGAUGGUUCUCUCUUUAUUGCUGCCUUUCAGGGAAGCCAUAUUCGGAUUUAUAAUGUAGAGAAAGGUUGGAAAGUUCAUAAAGAUAUUCUUACAAAAAGUUUGCGUUGGACUGUUACUGAUACUUCUCUCUCCCCUGUUUUUGCAAACAUGUCCCCUAUUGUUCACAUCGUCGAUGUUGGCUCUGGUGCAACCGAGUCUCAUGCAAAUGUCACGUUUGAGAUGCUUGUCUUUUUGCACGGGAUCCAUGAUGGAUUAGACUUCUCUACUGCUGAAGAUGGAGGCUACUCUUUUGGAAUGUUCUCUGUUAAAUUUUCAACCGAUGGACGAGAGCUUGUUGCUGGGAGCAGUGAUGAUUCCAUUUAUGUUUAUGAUCUUGAAGCAAAUCGAGGAGGUGAUGAUAAUCUCUGCAAGGUGUGGGAUAGGCGUUGUUUCAUUGGGAGAGAUAAGGCAGCUGGUGUUCUGGUGGGACACCUCGAAGGUGUAACCUUUAUUGAUACCCGUGGAGAUGGACGCUAUUUCAUAUCAAAUGGCAAAGACCAAACCAUCAAGUUAUGGGAUAUCAGAAAAAUGUCCGCAACCCCACCCCAUGCAAAAUGCAUGGAAUACCCUCCUGAGUCCAUAAAUCUAAAGCACCCUUUUGAUCAGUCAGUGUCCACUUAUAAAGGUCAAUCAGUCUUGCGUACUCUAAUCCGUUGCUACUUCUCUCCGUUGCAUAGUACUGGAUCCAACGACAGUUCUGUCUACAUAUAUGACUUGGUAAGUGGAGAUAAAGUGGUAGUGCUAAAGCACCAUAGCUCACCUAUAAGAGACUGUACUUGGCAUCCACAUUACCCCACUAUUAAAAGUUCGUCGUGGGACGGAGAUCUUGUGAAAUGGGAAUUUCCGGGGAGCGGUGAGGCGCCUAUCAUGAGCAACAAGAGGGUUCGAAGGAGACAUUUCUACUACUGA